AUGGCUUUAAAGCGGAUCAACAAGGAGCUGCAGGAUCUGGGUCGUGACCCGCCCGCCAACUGCAGUGCCGGCCCCGUGGGCGACGACCUGUUCCACUGGCAGGCGACCAUCAUGGGCCCCGAGGACAGCCCGUACGCUGGUGGCGUGUACUUCCUGAACAUCUACUUCCCGGCCGACUACCCUUUCAAGCCGCCCAAGGUGAACUUCACGACCCGCAUUUACCACUGCAACAUCAAUGCCAACGGCGGCAUCUGCCUGGAUAUCUUAAAAGAUCAGUGGAGCCCUGCGUUGACUAUCUCGAAGGUGCUGCUGUCGAUCUGCUCACUGCUCACGGACGCCAACCCAGAUGACCCGCUCGUGCCCGAAAUCGCGCAAAUUUAUAGAACAGACCGCGCGCGCCACGAUGCCACUGCUCGCGAAUGGACGGCCAAGUACGCCACUUAG